AGCGGCGAGGAUCCACGACGUCCACGACGUGCUCCACUUGCAGUUGUAGUCGUGGAAAGUGCUCAAUGGCCGUGACGGCUGCAGCGGGAGGCGCGGGGAAGGACUCACGUCUCACGAGCGUCUCGUGAAGCGCACGCGUGUUUUUUUUUUUGUUUUUUUUUUUUAUAAACUUUUUUUGUCCAUAGACUGCAUGACCAGCUGCAUCGUGAGGGAUGAAGGCGACGUGCACUUCCUGUCAGCUUCUUGCACAUCUGGAUGAAGGGAAGUUGUCAUGUUGCUAAUUGAGGGCUUUAAUAUUCCCACUUUGAAUGCCGCCUUCAUGUGGGGACCCCACAGGGUCUCCCUGGGGACCAGGCUUUUCUUUUCUUUUUUUUUUAAAGUAACUUAAACCAUGUUUUUUCUGGAUGGGAAUUGUUGUCAAGGAAUGGAGAGAGGAAUGCCUCCGAAGAAGAUCGUGUACUGCAUAUCCCUCACGCUAGUGAAGAAAGAGACUUUGGAGGACGGGGGUGACGCGUUGGACCCUCAGCUGGUGAAAAUCCCCAAGCUGGGGGCCUUCCGGCGGGAAGCCUCGCUGGACGCCCAGCGCAGCAUUUUUCUGGAACAAGUGCAGGAAGCGGAGGUGGAGUCAGAUGACUUGUCAACACGAAGCUCCAUGAGGAACUUCAGGACACUCAGCACAGGCCAGCUGGAGCUGGGGAGGCUCAAGUUCUCUCGCAAGCGGCAGAAGAGGGAAGAGCCCGCGAGGUGUCAGGAAUCACAGUCAUCUGACAAACACAUUUGUACCAAGACAAACUCUGCUAGGAAUGUAGUGAGUAGCAGCGUCAUGAAGAUGAAGACACUUUUCAAGUCAAAGAGUUUGGACAAGAGGAGUCCUGAGUCGCCAGAGCUUGACAAGCUGACAACCACACGCUCACCUCAUCCGGAGCCUGGCCUGCUGCGACGCAGCUUCAGCUUCCGACACUGGACUAGCGGUGAUUUGCUGCGUCUGCACGCGCUCACAAAGGACAAACACCACAACAGUUCUGGCUGCAUUGGUCCUGAUGCUGCAUGUAAAGGACAGAAGGUCACAGGAGUUGACGCUGAGCUCCAGAGGCCUGCCAGCCGCCCUCAUCCUGGCACCAGACAGAAAAGCCAGACGUUGGAGGUCGGUGCCAUCCUGAACAAGACAGACUCCGUGUCUGAGCUCGGCUGUGUUAAGAAUCGCACGCUGGACAACAGCGACUUGCAGCUCCUGGCUGCACAGAGGGAUGGGUGUGCGCUACCACGCAACGGACAAGAGCGUUCCGGUGAGAGUCGGCUAGUGCAGUUCUUCAGUGGCAUCUUCUCCCGCAGGGACGAUACCUCCACCCUCAUACCAGCCGGGAGCCCUAGCAAAUUCAGAUCCCUGCGCCAGAGGAUAUUGCCUUUGCAGUCCAGCACAGAAAACGUGAACGGCGGAAGCACAGUUGAUGCUUUUGUGAACAGCCAGGAGUGGACUCUCAGUCGCACCGUGCCAGAACUCAAAGUGGGCAUUGUGGGUAACCUGGCCAGUGGAAAGUCAGCACUGGUCCACAGGUACCUUACAGGAACAUAUGUCCAGGAGGAGUCGCCUGAAGCUGACGUGGAUGCAGGUGGACGCUUCAAGAAAGAGAUCGUGGUUGAUGGGCAGAGUCACCUGCUGCUCAUCAGGGAUGAAGGGGGCCCGCCCGAGGCUCAGUUUGCCUUGUGGGUGGACGCAGUCAUCUUCGUCUUCAGUCUUGAGGAUGAAAUCAGCUUCCAGACAGUCUAUCACUACUUCAAUCGCCUGGCCAACUACAGGAACGCUGCCGACUUGCCGCUGGUUCUAGUCGGCACGCAAGAUGCCAUCAGCUCAUCAAACCCGAGGGUGAUCGACGACAGCCGGGCCAGAAAACUUUCCAACGACCUAAAGCGCUGCACCUACUACGAAACCUGCGCCACCUACGGCUUGAAUGUGGAGCGAGUCUUCCAAGAUGUUGCUCAGAAGAUCGUGGCCAUUAGGAAGAAGCAGCAGCUGUCCAUCGGCCCGUGUAAAUCACUGCCCAACUCUCCCAGUCACUCGUCCGUCUGUGCCACCCAGGUGCCCAGCGUCCAGGCCAACCAGACGACAAACGGCGGGGGCGGCUUGAGUGACUACUCCUCAUCAGUGCCGUCCACACCGAGCACCAGCCAGAAAGAGCUGCGCAUCGAUGUGCCGCAGACCACCAACACGCCCACGCCCGUCCGCAAGCAGUCCAAGCGACGCUCCAACCUGUUCACCUCCAGGAAGGCCAGUGAGACGGAGAAGGAUAAGAAAAGUCUGGAGGCUCGAGCCGACAGCAUCGGCAGCGGGCGAGCUAUUCCCAUAAAACAGGGUAUGCUGCUGAAAAGGAGUGGCAAGUCUCUCAACAAGGAGUGGAAGAAAAAGUAUGUUACUCUCUGCGACAAUGGGCUGCUUACCUACCACCCCAGUCUACAUGACUACAUGCAGAAUGUCCACGGUAAAGAAAUCGACCUUCUCAGGACCACUGUCAAGGUGCCGGGGAAACGACCCCCACGGGCCGUGUCUACCUGUGCAGUUAUGCCCAGCCCAAAAAGCAACGGUUUGACAAAGGACAUGAGCAUCCUGCAACUGGGACAGACUCCAGGUUCUGUGUCCAGCAGCUCGUCAGUAUCUCAAAUGGCGAGCAGCGUCAACCUGGUGUCUUUCAACAACCGCGGCACCGACGGCAUGCAUCAGCGCUCCUACUCGGUGUCCAGCGCCGACCAGUGGACCGAAGCCACUGGCCUCACCAACUCAGGAGCCAGCACGGAUGCAGGCUUGGUUGACCCCAUGUGUUCCAGUCCCAGCAUCUCCAGUACCACCAGUCCCAAGAUUGAGCCGCCCCCAUCACCACAUGCCAACCGAAAGAAGCACCGGCGGAAGAAAAGCACCAGCAACUUUAAGGCGGACGGCCUCUCUGGCACGGCAGAAGAACAAGAGGAGAACUUUGAGUUCAUCAUCGUAUCGCUAACGGGUCAGACGUGGCAUUUUGAAGCCACUUCAUAUGAGGAAAGAGACGCGUGGGUGCAGGUCAUUGAAGGUCAGAUCCUGGCCAGUCUGCAGUGCUGCGAGAGCAGCAAGAACAAGUCUCGCCUGACCAGCCAAACGGAGGCGAUGGCGCUGCAGGCUAUCAGAAGUGUGCGUGGAAAUAGCAGCUGUGCCGACUGUGACACUCAAAACCCUGACUGGGCCAGUCUCAACCUCGGCGCCCUGAUCUGUAUUGAGUGCUCUGGGAUUCACAGAAACUUGGGUACUCACUUGUCACGGGUGCGCUCGCUGGACCUGGAUGAGUGGUCCAUGGAGCUAAUCAAGGUCAUGUCUGGCAUUGGCAACGAGCUCGCCAACAGUGUGUGGGAGGCAAACUCACAUGGUCACUUGAAGCCUGCACCAGAUGCCAGCAGGGAGGAACGUGAGCGCUGGAUCCGGGCCAAAUACGAGCAGCGUCUCUUCCUGGCGUCGCUGCCGUGCACGGAGCUGUCGCUGGGCCAGCAGCUGCUGCGUGCCACGGUGGAGGAGGACCUUCGCGGCGUGGUGCUGCUGCUCGCCCACGGCUCCCGGCAGCAGGUGAACGAGACGUGCGGCGAGGGCGACGGACGCAACGCGCUCCACCUGGGCUGCCGCAAAGGCAACGUGGUCGUCACGCAGCUUCUGAUCUGGUACGGCGUGGACCUGAUGGCGAGGGACGCCCACGGCAACAGCGCCAUGGCGUACGCUCGGCAGGCCAACAGCCAGGAGUGUGUGGACAUGUUGGCGCAGUACGGAUGUCCAGACGAACGCUACCCGCUCAUGGCCACACCCAACUUGUCACGCCGCAACACCAACCGCAACAACAGCUGCAGCAGCGCAGGGAGCUCCGCCUUUAUUUGACUCACUUCUUACCUGUGCACACCUGUCCUGUCAGACUGCUGGGACCAGGUGACAAGAGUGCACACCUGUCCUGUCAGACUGCUGGGACCAGGUGACAAGAGUGCACACCUGUCCUGUCAGACUGCUGGGACCAGGUGACAAGAGUGCACACCUGUCCUGUCAGACUGCUGGGACCAGGUGACAAGAGUGCACACCUGUCCUGUCAGACUGCUGGGACCAGGUGACAAGAGUGCACACACCUGACCUGUCAGACUGCUGGGACCAGGUGACAAGAGUGCACACCUGUCCUGUCAGACUGCUGGGACCAGGUGACAAGAGUGCACACCUGUCCUGUCAGACUGCUGGGACC